AUGAGGCCGUUGGAAUUGAAGCUGAAGCCAGAAUUCCGCCGGCUCGCACCAAUGGCGCUGGCCGCCGUCCUGUUCUUCUGUAUGCUGGUGGUCUUCUACGGGGUGAUGCCGGCAUCCUGGGGCGUGACUCUGCACGAGAUGACCGGAAAGCCAACGGCCGGCACCCAGAACAGCUACGGUACCAAUUCCGGGACAUCCGGCUCGAGCGACGACUUCCAGCAUGCCGACCGUCGCUGCCACACGCUCCCGGACCCGGGGAACAUCCUGUUCAUCGUGAAGACGGGCGCCACGGAGAUCUACGAGAAGCUGCCGACUCAGCUGCUGACGACGCUCGGGUGCGCGCGAGACUUUUUGAUUUUCUCCGACCUCGAGGAGCAGAUCGGCCCGUACCAUAUCCUCGAUGCGCUGGCGGACUUCAACGAAACCAUGAAAGACACACAUGCCGACUUCGAGCUCUACCGCCAGCAACAAGAGUACCAGCGCGGGGGCCUGGAUAUCGCCACGCUCAAGAACGACGGCAAGGCAGCCUGGAGGCUCGACAAGUACAAGUUCCUGCACAUGGUGGAGAAGACGUGGGCCCAGAGCCCAAACAUGGACUGGUACGUCUUCAUCGAGAGCGACACGUACGUUGUCUGGACGAACCUCCUCCUCUGGCUGCGCCAGUCCUCGCCGAAGGAGAAGCUGUACAUGGGUUCGGCGUCCUUCAUCGGGGACCAGGGUUUCGGCCACGGCGGGAGCGGGUACGUCAUUUCGAAAGCGCUGAUGGAGGCGUUUGUGGGGAAGAAUCCGGGGAUGGCGGGCCGCUACGACGAUGUAUUUCCGACCGAGUGCUGUGGGGAUUUCGUGCUGGGGCGGACCCUCAAGCAGGAGCUCGACGUGGGGAUCCGGAAUUUCUGGCCCCAGGUGAACGGGGAGAAACCCGUGACGCUGGAGUUCGGGCCGAAACAAUGGUGCCAGCCCGUCGCCACGAUGCACCAUGUCAUGCCGCGCGAGCGCAGUGCCAUUUUCGAUUUCGAGCAGGCGCGCGACGAUGUAACGGUACCGCUUCUCUUCCGGGAACUCUCCGAGCUGUCCUUUCCGCCGGGUAGGAUGCGCGUGCAGGAGGACGACUGGGAUAACCUCGCCGAUGUGCCGGUGGACCUGGACAACCCCUCGAUGCAGUCCUGUCGAGACGAGUGCCUGAAUCACGAAAACUGCUUCCAAUGGCGGUAUAGCGAGAAGGAAUGCCACGUGUCGACCGAGUCGUUCCGGCUCGGAACAAAACGGCUACCCGAGGACCAGCGGCGGUGGUUCUCAGGGUGGCACAUCCAGCGAAUCCAGGAAUGGCGGGAUGCGCAUCCGUGCAAGGACCCAGCGUGGGUGAAGGCGCAUUAA